AUGGUAGAACAUGCUGUUUCAAAGCUUUCAGAGGCGUUUGCUAUGACAAAAGAGCUGCAGAAGCAGCUAAGCAUUGUCAACGGACCAGUCUUCUCGGCGGUUCGCUUCACGGUGACGGAUCAUCGGCCUUUGCUAUUAUUGUCUGCCCAUCAUCUAGUCAUUGAUCUUGUGUCAUGGCGAGUUAUAUGGAGAGACUUUGAAGACUUUAUCAAAAACAAAUGCUUACUGUCGACCAAAGGUACUUCAUUCCGCAAAUGGUGCAAAGAGCAACAUCAAGAGUCUUGCAAUCUUAUGCCCGACUCAGUCUUACCUUUUGCAAUACCACCUUCUGAUACUUCGUUUUGGGGAUGCGUAUCUGAAGAUCAAGUCGGCAGCAGUCAGUUGCUCAUGGGUCAUAGCAAUGAUGCGAUGCGGACCGAGCCACUCGACAUUAUACUUGGCGCUUUAGCAUACUCCUUUGUAUGCCCAGCAAAGGACAUAAGACAACGUAUCCCUAGCAAGGGACAAGAAUACUUUGCAAGUCGCUUCUACAGUGAAACGUACAGGGAUGCGUUCAAAGAGUACGGCGUUAUUGAAAUUCUAGUCAAUUUCGCAGGCUCGUACCAGCAACUUGAGAAUGAUGGCGAUUUAUUCAGGCUGGCACAUCCCCCCUCAAACGAGGAAGGCACGGAAACGGUCGCAAAAAGUUCACCUCGACUCGCUUUGAUCGAGCUAGAAAUGUUAGUUCGAAAUGGUAAACUAGAGCUCACUAUGUCCCUCAACAAACACAUGCUUCAUCGAGACCGUUUGAGCAUAUGGCAAGCACAGUUCCUAGAAACUAUACGAGAUGCAGUAACGACCUUGAAUUGCGCCUCAGCUAAACUUACCCGGGCCGAUGUUCCUCUCCUCUCUCUUUCUGAUGCCGCGUUGCGAUACUUCAACGAUGUACAGCUUCCAGCCAUGGCUAUAUCACCAAAGGAGAUCAUAGAUGCUUACCCAGCAUCUCCACUCCAGGAAGGCAUCUCACUGAGUGCUGAUCAAGGUCUAAGCACUUACGAUACAUUCUGGAUCUGGAAAUGUCACCCUCGAAACGGAGAAGAAAAAGUGGAUAUGUCUCAGCUUGCUGAAGCCUGGCGCUCUGUAGUCCGAAAACACUCCAUUCUCUGUACUGUUCUGGUUCCAGAUCCGAGCGGAGAAGGUUUCAUUCAGUUGGUUCUCUCGGAACCCGAGAUCAAAGUCACCUGCUUAGAGAUCCACGACCAGGAUCCCGAAGACGUUCUUUAUCAACUGCAGCGUCCGCUGUGGACUUUGCAGAGUUCACCACGACAUUUUUUCACGAUUUACCAGUCCAGAGUAAAGACUGCUUGUCGUCUGGAUAUCAGCCAUGCACUCAUCGAUGGAGGAUCUCUCAUGCCCCUGAUCCAGGACUUGCGGAUGACUUAUAAUGGUAUUCAUUCUACCGCAGCGCCGCCAUUUGGAGAAAUGAUCAGGUAUCUUUCACAAUCGAACCACCAGAAAAAAAUUGACUGGUGGGCAAAAUAUCUGUAUGAAACCAAACCAUGCGAGGUCCUAUCCAUGUUCAACCAACCAAUCAAAGGUGUCUCGCAUGAGAAUGAGCGUUUCCGCUACGUCGAAAUUCCCAAAAUCGCAACAGCUGGGGUAAUUGACUUUUGCCAACGAUUUGGAAUCACGCGAUCCGUAUUUCUCCAAGUAGUGUGGGCUAUGGUGCUCUCAUACCUUACAGACGCGCCAGAUGUCUGUUUUGGAUAUCUUACAUCCGGAAGAGACGCUCCCAUCCAAGAUGUGGAUCGAAUGAUCGGCCCGUUGGCCAACAUGUUGAUUAGCAAAAUCGAACUCAACAAGCCUGCUUUCGCAGUACUACAACAGGCUUCAGACGAUUCAAUUCAGCAUCUGCUGCACCAACACGCGUCCUUGGCCCAAGUCCAGCAUGCAAUGGGUCUCUCAGCGGGCCGUCGCUUGUUCAACACGGCGAUGACCCUCAGAGAAUCUGACCGGUUCGACGAAGAUGACACAAGUGGAAAGAUCAGCUUCGAAUACCACAAUCACCAGGACCCACACGAGUUUGAUCUCCUCCUCAGUGCACGUGUCAAUGCGAAUGAUUUGGAAGUUUCCAUGCAACUGCCGCAGGAUCUCUUGGAUGAUGAGAUAACAGACAAGUUGGUGUUUGCACUCACUUCAGCGAUCAAUGUCUUACUUUCUAGCAAAGUCCCUUCUCACCAGGAUGCGCACAUUGAGGAAAACGAAGAGACUUUGUUCGCCAACUUCAAACGGAUAAUGAUGAAUUCAGCUCAACAAAGAGAUCUCGAUCUUAUAUGGUCCUGGAACUGCCUUCUGCCCGAGUCCAUUCAACGAUGCGUCCACGACGAGAUACACGCGGAUAUCACCAAGCAAGUCGAAAGCAGUGUUAUCUUAGCAUCGGUAGCACAAAGAGACCUAGCAGGGCGUUUGAGCGUUGCAAAAGUUCUUGUCCUUCCGAAUAAUGAUGAACAAUCCAGAGACCCUACAAGGGUAGACGGGGCUGUGGCAUCAUCGCCAGACGAUCUCCUGUACAUUGUUUUUACAUCAGGGAGUACAGGUACUCCGAAAGGAACAAUGCUGACACACUCCCACAUCUGCAGUAUGCUACAUCACCAACGUGAAUUGAUUGGCCUCACUUCGGCGCGGCGAGUAUACAAUUUCGCCUCGUACGCCUUUGACGUAGCCUGGAACGACUUUUUCCACGCGCUAACCAGUGGCGGCUGCCUCUGUAUACCCUCUGAAGAAGACAGGAAGAACAAUAUUGAAACUUCCAUGGCUAUGCUACGCGCGAAAUACGUCCAUAUCACGCCUACAAUUCUCCGGCAUAUCGAUUGGCGCAAAGCUACCGGCAUCUCCGUCGUCAAUCUGAGCGGCGAACCAGUUGCGCCUUCCGAUCGAUCGAUCCUCACCCGCGAGACAAAAGUCUUUAAUUUGUACGGCCCGGCUGAGACAAAUGUUGUAACCGUUCAGGACCUCGACGAGCUGACGACGCAAGAAGUGAGCAUUGGUAAAGGAUACGGCGCCUCCACAUGGAUCGUCGACUUGAAAAACCCCGACGUCCUGGCCCCGAUUGGCGAAAUCGGAGAGCUAUGGAUCGAAGGACCGCUUUCUGGCCUUGGGUAUCUCGCAGAAACUACUGACUCUCAAAAGGCGUCGUGGGUCAAGAACCCCAUCUGGCUCACUCGAGGCACUGAACGGUUUCCAGGCCGUUGUGGGCAACUGUACCGCACAGGCGACCUUGUUCGAUAUACCAAAGAUGGGUCACUCAUCUACUGCGGUCGAAAUGAUCGCCAGGUCAAAAUCAAUGGACAGCGUGUCGAACUCGGUGAGAUUGAAGUUGCUUUGCAGGCGCUGGUAAAGGGGCUCGGACACGAUUGGCACGUGACUGUCGAGACUGCACAGCCCCUUGAGAGCGACGUCCAAGUCAUCAUGGCAUUCGUUGCUCCUAAAAACGCAUGUCUUGAUGAGAAGGGGCUCAGAAGUCACAUAAUGCAAGAAGCAAGCUUGCUCAGGGAGCGGUUACACUCCGUUUUGCCGCAGUACAUGGUUCCGAGAGCAUUCGUUCCCUUGGCUGCGCUACCGCUGACUGCAACCGGUAAGGUCAACUUGAAGGAGCUACAGGCCCAUGGUUCGUCAAAGUCGAUUCGAGAGUGGAUGUCUGGCGAGAAGUCGUCAAUCGAGAUAUGCCCAGCCGUCACAGAGAGCGAAAAGGCAAUGGUUCGCGUGUGCAAGGACGUUCUUCAGAUGUCCGAAACUACAAGUAUCAGUAUGAGUGACAACUUUUUUCGAACCGGGGGAGACUCGGUCCUUGCUAUGCGGUUUGUUAGCAAAGUAAGAGACAUUGGCUAUUCUCUGACAGUCAGGGACAUCUUCAAACACCCGGUCAUCGGAGACCUUGCAAAAGUGGCUCAGCCACGGAAGUCUACUGCGACCGCCCAUAAACUUGAGGUGGUUCGCCCCGUCGCAGACAAGCUACUCGAUGACGCCGAAAUGCGAACCCACGCCGCCUCCAUUUGCAGUGUUACCAACGACCAGAUCGUCGACAUGCAACCUUGCACGCCGCUGCAAGGAAACCUGGCGUCCUGGGCCCUGCUUCAUCCAAAAGGCCACUUCCGAACCACGCACCAGCUGGAGCUCAAGCAGCACACCGACAUCCAAAAAUUCAAGCAGUGUUGGAAUACGGUCGCAGAACAGAACCCUAUCAUACGGACUCGCAUAGUAAACCUACCCAAACUCGGCUACACCCAAAUCAUCGUUGACAAGCCUUCCAAAUGGAUAAACGGCAGCACCCUCGAACAAUGCCAUAAAGAACUCGCCUUGCGACACGCGCUCCAAGGCGAACCACUCGUCAACUUUGCUCUCGCACUCCUAGCAAGCCCCACAAAGCAGCAACCCGCAUGGUUCCUCUGCGACCUACACUGGGCCGCCUACGACGGCUGGUCCCUCCGGCUCCUCCUCUCAGAAGCAGAAAACCUUUAUCACGGACGCCACCCCCAUCCGCUGAACGACAUGCGCGUGCUAACCAGCUCGAUCUGGAGCUGCGAAUUCGCAAAGGCGGAAUCGUACUGGCAAAACCAGUUUUCGGGGCUGACGCAUGCUGCGCUUGCUUUUCCACCACCCCUUAUAUGUCGCGAGGACAGCACGCUACUACGACCAGGUGACGAUCACGAUGCCUCAAUCGUAUUGCAGGACUUUGGGUGCCAGGGUACUAGUAGUAGCUUUACUGCUUCGACCUUGAUUCGCGCGGCACUCGGCAUCGUGCUGGCUCGCCAUUUGCACACCGACCGCAUUGUAUUUGGCGCGACGGUGACGGGUCGACAAGGUGCAGCCACUGGGCUGGAUCGCAUGGCUGGCCCGGCUUUUGUCACCUUGCCCAUCUGUCUGUCUGUCGACCGGGGCAAUCCGGAUGUGCUGGGCUUGUUGGAAAAAGUACAGGCGCAGACGAUGGAUAUGAUUCCGUUUGAGCAAACGGAUCUCGAGCGGUGGCGGCACCAUAUCCCUGGUGCGGAUAUCGCGUGCGAUUUCAGGGUCUUGCUUGUAGUACAGUCGCAUAUCGCGCAGAAUGACGUGCGGAAUCGUGAUCCGGACCUCGAAUCUGUCUUUACGGAGGGUUUGAAGGCAGGUAAAGAUGCGCUUGUGGAGCUGGGAUGGCGCUCCGGGAGACGGCUCCCGAUGUUUGUCGAGUGUCAGAUUCAGGAGAACGGUUGUCUGAUUUUACGCUUGCGUGUUGACUCGAGGACAGUGGAUGAACAUGUGUUCACAUCUUUAUUGCAGCAGUUGAAACGGGAAUUGUUGAGCUUGAGGAACAUCGCAGCAGGCGCUUUGUAG